AUGGCGUCUGGUCGGAAGGAUUUUCUGAGUCAACCCGCUCCCGAAAACUACGUUGCUGGUUUAGGUCGAGGUGCGACCGGCUUCACCACCCGCUCGGAUUUAGGCCCUGCUCGAGAAGGCCCAACUCCAGAACAAAUCCAGGCUGCGCUUGCAAAAAGGGCACAGUUACUUGGUGCGGCUCCUCCCACGGCUUAUGGCGCAUCACGAGAGAAGGGCAAAGGAGAGGAAAAGCCAGCAGAGGAAGAAGACGAUGAACGUUUCCAAGACCCCGAUAACGAGGUUGGGCUGUUUGCCUACGGUCAGUUUGACCAGGAGGAUGACGAAGCAGAUCGCAUAUACAGAGAGGUAGAUGAAAAGAUGGAUAGGCGGCGCAAAGUGCGAAGGGAAGCUCGAGAACGCCUGGAGCAGGAAGAGUAUGAACGGAAGAAUCCGAAGAUCCAACAGCAAUUUGUGGAUUUGAAGCGGUCUCUCGCCUCGGUGUCGGAAGACGAAUGGGCAAACCUUCCCGAAGUAGGCGACCUUACGGGUAAAAACAGACGAACGAAGCAGAAUCUACGUAUGCAACAACGUUUUUACGCGGUUCCUGAUAGCGUACUCGCAAAUGCAAGAGACUCCACCCAGUUUGGUACAACUGUUGCCGAUGAUGGAUCACAUACCGACGCAAGUGCAGAUGAGACAGACGGGAUGAUAACGAAUUUCGCCAACAUCAGUGCUGCUCGCGACAAGGUUUUACAGGUUCGACUCGACCAGGCGGCUCUGGGAUCAUCUGGAGACUCGGCGUCUGGGAGUGCGACCAGCAUCGAUCCGAAGGGCUAUCUUACGAGUCUUACACAAUCGGAACUGAAGGCAGGCGAAAUAGAGGUGGGUGACGUCAAACGAGUGCGCGUUUUGCUGGAAUCGGUGACAAGGACGAACCCCAAGCAUGCUCCUGGGUGGAUUGCGCUGGCGCGAUUGGAGGAGCUCGCGGGAAGGAUUGUCACUGCCCGGAAUAUGAUUGCAAAGGGAUGUGAACUCUGCCCCAAGAGCGAAGACGCCUGGCUUGAGAAUAUUCGCCUGAACGAAGGGCAUAAUGCUAAAGUUAUUGCUGCGAAUGCCAUCAAGAAUAACGACCACUCUACCCGGCUCUGGAUCGAAGCCAUGAGGUUGGAAACUGAGCCACGAGCAAAAAAGAAUGUUCUGAGACAGGCUAUUCUCCAUAUACCCCAGUCCGUCACAAUCUGGAAGGAGGCUGUCAACCUGGAAGAAGACCCUGCAGACGCACGCCUGCUGCUCGCCAAAGCGGUUGAGAUGAUACCGCUCUCUGUUGAGUUAUGGCUGGCGCUUGCACGCCUCGAAACCCCUGAAAAUGCCCAAAAGGUUCUGAAUGCUGCACGAAAGGCUGUCCCUACAAGCCAUGAGAUUUGGAUUGCUGCUUCCCGACUUCAAGAGCAGAUGGGAACAUUUCACAAAGUAAAUGUCAUGAAGCGAGCUGUACAAUCACUGGCAAGAGAGAACGCUAUGCUCAAAAGGGAGGAGUGGAUAACGGAAGCUGAGAAAUGCGAAGAGGAGGAGGCGAUUCUCACCUGCGGCGCGAUUAUUCGGGAGACGCUCGGAUGGGGGUUAGAUGAAGACGAUGACCGGAAAGACAUCUGGAUGGAUGAUGCGAAGGCGAGUAUCGCGAGGGGAAAGUACGAAACAGCAAGGGCUAUUUACGCGUACGCCCUGCGUGUCUUUGUCAAUCGCCGAUCAAUCUGGAUGGCAGCUGCGGACCUUGAGCGUAACCAUGGGACAAAAGAGGCGUUAUGGCAAGUCCUUGAAAAAGCAGUAGAGGCUUGUCCACAGAGCGAAGAGUUAUGGUUACAGCUUGCAAAGGAGAAGUGGCAAUCAGGGGAAAUUGACGACGCAAGGCGGGUGCUUGGCCGUGCUUUCAACCAGAACCCUAACAACGAAGAUAUUUGGCUUGCGGCUGUCAAGUUGGAGGCGGACGCCAAGCAGACGGAUCAGGCUCGGGAGCUUCUUGCGACGGCUCGUCGUGAAGCAGGAACAGAUCGCGUGUGGAUCAAGAGCGUUGCUUUUGAACGGCAAUUGGGUAAUAUCGAUGAUUCGCUCGACCUGGUUAACCAAGGUCUCCAAUUGUACCCCAAGGCGGACAAACUUUGGAUGAUGAAGGGUCAACUAUAUGAGUCCCAGAACAAGCUCCCUCAGGCCCGCGAGGCCUACGGAACUGGUUCCAAGGCAUGCCCCAAGUCUGUCCCUCUUUGGUUAUUGGCUUCAAGACUGGAAGAAAAGACCGGCGCAGUGGUCAGAGCCCGAUCGGUGCUUGAUAAAGCCCGUCUAGCGGUUCCCGGUAGCCCCGAACUCUGGACCGAGAGUGUCCGAGUUGAGCGACGGGCAAAUAACAUUCCCCAGGCCAAGGUUCUGCUGGCAAGAGCAUUGCAGGAAAUUCCAUCGUCGGGGCUACUAUGGAGUGAAAGUAUCUGGCACCUCGAACCACGCUCGCAGCGCAAGGCGCGAAGUCUGGAAGCAAUCAAGAAGGUUGAUAAUGACCCGAUCCUCUUUGUCACGGUAGCGCGAAUUUUCUGGUUAGAACGUCGACUAGAGAAAGCCAUGACCUGGUUUGAAAAGGCGAUUGUAUCAAACAGUGAUUUUGGCGACGCGUGGGCUUGGUAUUACAAGUUCCUGCUGCAGCACGGUACAGGUGAAAAACGCGCCGAUGUUAUCUCAAAGUGUGCACUUUCCGAGCCAAAGCAUGGUGAAACAUGGCAAGCUAUCGCGAAGGAUCCCGUCAACGCCUAUAAAUCAACCGAGGAUAUUCUCAAGUUGGUUGCUGACAGUCUUGUUCAGUAA